GAUUCCGCCAGAAACCGACGAAAUUUCGAGUUGCCAAUUUUUGAAGCCGACAACAACAUCUCGACAACCGACGACGAAAUGGCUUCCCGACCAACAGUCACGAUCCUGUCCGCCGAUGGCACUGCCAGCGGUGCGACUCACCCUCUCCCGCGCGUCUUCACUUCGCCAAUCCGUCCGGAUAUCGUCCAGACUGUCCACACCGGAAUGGCCAAGAACAAGCGUCAGCCAUACUCCGUCGCUGAGAAGGCUGGUCACCAGACCUCUGCUGAGUCUUGGGGAACUGGUCGCGCUGUUGCCCGUAUUCCUCGUGUCUCUGGAGGCGGAACUCACCGUGCUGGUCAGGCUGCCUUCGGUAACAUGUGCAGAUCCGGUCGCAUGUUCGCCCCUACCAAGGUCUGGCGCAAGUGGCACCAGAAGAUCAACCUGGGACAGAAGCGUUUCGCAACUGCUUCCGCCCUGGCUGCAUCCUCCGUCCCAUCCCUCCUCCUCGCCCGCGGUCACCAGAUCUCCACCGUCCCAGAGGUUCCACUCGUGAUCAACUCCGAGGUCUUCGCCAACGCCUCGAUCUCCCGCACCUCCGCCGCCGUCGCUCUCCUCAGCUCCGUGGGAGCGGGCGCCGACGUCUCCAAGGUCAAGGCUUCCCGCAAGCUCCGCGCCGGAAAGGGUAAGCUACGUGGCCGCCGUCACCGCCAACGCCGCGGACCCCUCGUCGUCUACAACCCGCUCGAGGACGGAACUGAGCUCUCGCUCGCUUUCCGCAACAUCGCCGGUGUCGAGACCUCCUCUGUCUUCGCGCUGAACCUCCUCCAGCUCGCACCUGGCGGCCACCUCGGACGCUUCGUCAUCUGGACCUCCGCCGCCUUCAAGGCCCUCGACACCGUUUACGGCUCCACCACCGCCCCCUCGGCGCUGAAGAAGGACUUCCUCCUCCCAUCCGCCAUCGUCACCCAGGCUGACAUCGGCCGUCUCAUCAACUCCUCCGAAAUCCAGACCGUCGUCCGCGCCGCCAAGGGCGACGCCCGCACCAAGCGCACCGCCGUGCAGAAGAAGAACCCGCUCCGCAACAAGCAGGUCCUGCUCCGCCUGAACCCAUACGCCGCUGGCUACUCCAAGGACAAGAUCGGCACCAAGGGUCUCGAGGCCGGAAAGCCGGUGCGCGCGGUUGGCAAGCCAUUCGCACAGAUCCUCAAGGAGGAUUAAGCGUCGGUUUUGCUGGGUUGAGGGGUGUCGUUGAUUAUGCAUCGUUUGCUUAUAAAUCAUGGAUGUGGCUGCUAAUGGCGCAUUGAGGAUGAUGUCUCGGUA